AUUCUGUCUGUAUUCACUUGUAGGUAAUGAUUCAGGAUCUGUACUGAAACAGUUUACUACAUAUAGUAAGGGUAUUUUUAGUUCUCUGAACACUGGGGCUGCAAGGCAGAAUUCCUUUUGAAAUAAUCAUCUCUGAAUAGAAGAUGAAAAUGUGGUUCUUAAUCAGUCAUCUUGUUACAGUAUGUUUCAUCUUCUGCCUGGCAGAGGAUGGAAAAGGAUAUGGCCCAGUUUUUGAGGAGCAACCCAUUUAUACCAUCUACCCUGAGGAAUCUACAGAUGGACAAGUUUCAAUGAACUGCAGAGCUCGAGCAAUCCCUUUUCCAACUUACAAGUGGAAACUAAAUGACUGGGAUAUUGAUUUAACAAAGGAUCGCUACAGUAUCGUGGGAGGUAGACUUCUUAUCAAUAACCCAGAGAAAUCAAAGGAUGCUGGGAAAUAUGUUUGCAUAGCAUCGAAUAUCUUUGGAACUGUCCGAAGCGCUGAAGCUACUCUAAGUUUUGGAUAUCUUGAUACGUUUCCACCCGAGGAACGCUAUGAGGUGAAAGUACGGGAGGGUAUUGGAGCAGUGCUUCUUUGCCAGCCUCCUUACCAUUACCCAGAUGAUCUCAGUUAUCGCUGGCUUCUAAAUGAGUUCCCAGUAUUCAUUACUUUGGACAAACGGCGAUUUGUGUCACAGACAAAUGGCAAUCUCUACAUUGCAAAUGUAGAAGCAUCAGAUAGAGGCAAUUAUUCAUGUUUUGUGUCCAGUCCUUCAAUCACAAAGAGUGUAUUCAGCAAAUUCAUUCCACUUAUUCCUCAGGUGGUAGACCGAUCUAAAGUAUAUCCAGCUGAUAUCAAGGUUAAGUUCAAGGAUACGUAUGCACUUCUGGGGCAAAAUGUGACACUGGAAUGUUUUGCACUUGGGAACCCUGUUCCUGAGAUUAGAUGGAAUAAGCCUCUUGAACCCAUGCCAGCAACUGCUGAGAUAAGCAUGUCUGGUGCAGUACUCAAGAUCUUAAAUAUUCAGUUUGAAGAUGAAGGAGUUUAUGAAUGUGAAGCUGAAAACUAUAAAGGAAAAGAUAAACAUCAGGCAACAGUUUAUGUUCAAGCAUAUCCAGAAUGGGUAGAACAUAUCAAUGACACAGAGAGAGACAUAGGCAGUGACCUAGACUGGCCUUGUGUAGCCACAGGCAAGCCAACUCCAGCAAUCAGGUGGUUGAAAAAUGGAGUAUCGUUCCGGAGAGGUGAAUUAAGAAUACAAAGCCUGACUGUCGAGGAUGCCGGCAUGUAUCAGUGUAUAGCAGAAAAUAAACAUGGAAUUAUAUACGCAAAUGCUGAGCUGAAGGUUGUGGCUUCACCUCCUAAUUUUGAACUGAACCCAAUGAAGAAGAAGUUCUUGGCUGCUAAAGGAGGCCGUGUAAUAAUUGAAUGCAAGCCUAAAGCUGCUCCUAAAGCAAAAUUCUCAUGGAGCAAAGGAACAGAACUGCUCGUAAAUGGGAGCAGGAUAUCUAUUUGGGAUGAUGGUAGCCUGGAAAUUGUUAAUAUCACAAAGCUGGAUCAAGGCAGCUACACGUGUUUUGCAGAAAAUAACCGAGGAAAAGCUAACAGUACUGGUACUCUGGAAAUCACAGAAGCUACAAAGAUUACCUUAGCACCAACUAAUGUUGAUGUCACAGUUGGAGAGAAUGCCACCAUGCAGUGUAUUGCAUCCUAUGAUACCACGUUGGAUCUGACAUUUAUUUGGUCUCUAAAUGGCUACAUGAUAGAUUUUGAAAAAGAGCAUGAUCAUUACGAAAGGCGUGUUAUGAUAAAGAACAAUGGUGAAAUGCUUAUUAAAAAUGUACAGCUGCAGCAUGCUGGAAGAUACACGUGCACAGCACAGACAAUUGUUGACAACUCCUCAGCUUCAGCUGACCUUGUUGUAAGAGGUCCUCCAGGUCCCCCUGGGGGUUUGAGAAUAGAAGAUAUUAAAGAUACUUCUGUAACACUUACUUGGAGUCGUGGGACAGACAAUCAUAGCCCUAUUUCAAAGUACACUAUCCAGUCAAAGACUUUUCUUUCUGAGGAGUGGAAAGAUGCCAAAACAGAUCCCCCAAACAUUGAAGGAAAUAUGGAGACUGCAAAGGUGAUUGAUUUAAUCCCAUGGAUGGAGUAUGAAUUCCGGAUUACAGCAAUGAAUACUUUGGGGACAGGAGAACCUAGUAUGCCAUCACAAAGAAUUAGAACAGAAGGAGCUGCUCCUAAUGUGGCUCCUUCUGAUGUUGGAGGAGGGGGUGGAAGUAACCGAGAGCUGACAAUAACAUGGAUGCCUUUGUCAAGAGAGUACCACUUUGGCAAGAAUUUUGGUUACAUAGUAGCCUUUAAACCAUUUGGUGAAAAGGAAUGGAGAAGAGUUACAGUUACCAAUCCUGAUAUUGGCCGAUAUGUGCACAAAGAUGAUUCUCUGCCCCCCUCAACAAAGUUUCAAGUAAAAGUGAAAGCAUUUAACAACAAAGGGGAUGGACCAUUCAGCCUUGUUGCCAUCAUUUAUUCAGCACAAGAUGCUCCUAGUGAAAAGCCUAGAAAUGUGAAUGUAAAAAUCUUAUCAUCUUCUGAAAUCUCCGUUUCCUGGGAGCAUGUUUUUGAGCAAUCUGUUGAAGGAUAUCAGAUUCGUUACUGGACUGUUCAUGAUAAAGAAGCAGCUGCGCAGCGGGUGCUAGUGAGCAAUCAGGACUACUCAACCAAACUGGAAAAUUUGAAACCUAGUACCCGGUACCACGUAGAUGUUUCCGCCUACAAUAGUGCAGGGUAUGGACCACCCAGUGCUGCUGUUGAUAUCAUUACAAGAAAAGCACCUCCAAGCCAACGUCCCAGAAUUAUCAGUACAGUCAGGUCUGGUUCAAGGUACAUCAUCACCUGGGACCAUGUGACGCCAAUGUCAAAUGAAUCUGCUGUUCAAGGAUACAAAGUGCUGUAUAGACCAGAUGGCCAACAUGAGGGCACAUUGUAUUCAACUGGCACUCAUUCAAUAGAGUUGCCAGUCCCCAGAGAUGGUGAAUAUAUUGUUGAGGUUCGAGCGCACAGUGAAGGAGGAGAUGGAGAAGUAGCUCAAAUAAAAAUUUCAGGUGCUGCUGGAGUAUCACCUGGUCUUCUUGGCUUAUUGCUGCCUGCCAUUGGUGUCCUUGCCUACUUAGAAUUCUGAAUGUCUCUGGAUUUAUCUUGUCCUCAGCCCAGUGUAAAGGACACCCUUCAAACCUGUGAGGACUACUAUUCUUUUUGACUCCUGGCACCAUCUUAAGCCAAAUAAAUUACACUUUAAAAAAUUACCCUACUGAUUUACUAUGAACUUUAAGAGGAUUGAGGCAUCUAGGAACUCCUCCAUCAAGCGAAUCUACUUUUGAAAGGAUAAGAAAUGAUUUUUAACUUGUUCCGAUAUGCCUUAUAAAACACUUAUGCUGAUUUGUGACAGUUGCAUGAUUUGGUCCAAUGGGGCAAGUUACAGUGUUAAAAUCCAAUAACAUAGGCUGUACAGUGAAAGUAAAAUCACCAUACAUAGGUGCUUUAACUUGAAUAACAAAUUGUGAAAUAUAAUAGAGAUUGAAAUGUUGAUUGUGUGUGGUAAAUGUAAGAGUAAUUACGUCUGUCUGUACUAUCCUAUAUGUUUUGUGUACUGCAUAUUUUUGAAUGGCCCUACUAUCAUUUAUGAGAUUUCAGGUUUUUAGGGAUACAGUCAAAGCAAAGACAUUGAAUUCAUUUUUAGAGCUUUUUUUCUUGAAGCAAUUGAAUAUACUUUGGGAGCAUUUGAGCAUACUGGGUUCCAUUACAAGGAAUUUUUAUUUUAGAUGCAUUUGGGAGUUUAAUUUUGAAUAUUAACAGCAAAAUUGAAUUAUAAGGAUUUUCCAGUCCUUUACUUCCUAUAACACAACAUUUAAAAAAAAUGCUCCUCAAACAAAUUGUGAUUUUCUUAAUUAGUAAUAGAUUAUUUCAAUUUUAUCAUGCAAAGAACAUCAGUGGCAGCAUAUACAGCUUGAUACCAUUUCUUUUACUCUGUUCAGGAAUUAUUGUUUAAAUAAUUCAGUCAUCGCUGAUUUUAAGUGUGAAAUUCUGGCUUUUAUACAAGCAGCAUAAUUGCCCCUCCUCGCUCAAGAUAUUGGAACAGCAUGUUAAAAGUUUGAAAAUGGAGGCCAGUAUAGGAUCAGCCACUGGAACAUCAAACAAUAGAAUGUUUAAGUUGUGUUUUAAAACAUUUAUAAUAAUAAGCUAAAACAUAUACAGUAAAAUGGCAAAAAGAAAGUAGCACGGUAACAAAAAAUUAUUCUGAUUACUUUUUUAUGCUGCAGAUUCAAGUUUUUAUUUUUCUUUAGUGAAGCCCUGCAGUUGGAAGAAUAUGCUUUUUUUUUUUCAAUAGCUCGAUAUUAUUCUACUAUUCCUAGUGCUGUAAAUAAGAGUUUAAAAGUUCUUAGACUAUUUCCCUGUGUGAUAUAAUGCUGAAAGUUAUGAAGAUGUUAAAUGAAAGGCAGAUCCCAGCUGGUCUGAUUCUAAAUGUCAACUAUGGCUUUUGCAAAAAUGGAAGUCUAAUAGGAGAUAGAGAAUGUUUUUGCUCUGACUGUGUCUACACUGUUUCAGUGGUUUUUUUAAAGUUGUUAAAGAAGUGCAUAUUUCUUUCUUUUUCCAUGGUGUGCUGAGAACUUAGUCUGAGUGUGAAUGUUGAAGAAAAACGGUGAUAUUGAAUCAGCUGGCUCAAGUAAUAGUGCAAUGUCUGAUGCUUCAAGAAUUAUAAGCUUUGAAUCAUAUUUUAUUAGCACAACCUUGCUAGCUAUUUAGAGAUAGAGUUUAUCUUUUUAGAACGGAUACUGUAGAGGUCCAUAAUAAUACUAUUUACAUGAAGCAAGAAUAGGCCUAUUAAUACUUUACACCCCUUUCUUUAAUUUGUAUGAUUUUGUACUAUAUAUUUACCUGUAAAAGUUUAGAGUCUUCAUUAAGAAAUAUCAAUAAUACUGUUCUAGUUUAAUUCUUUGUUCCAAGAUGAAACUUUUUUAAAUAGGUGAAAGUGAUAACUUCCCUAUAGAGGAAUGUCAAAAGUUAUAAGAGCUCUCCUGAAUUUCAUAAACUGUAUAGUUAUUUGAAAGAAAAAUGAGCUGUUUUCAUGCGUAACAGAAACUAAUACUCUGUAAGCCUUCUGUACAAAAGAUUGUUUUAUUUUGUUUUGUUUUUUAUGCAGUAUGACUCAUUUUUAUAUAAUGUACAACCACAACUAAAUCUUUUGCCAAAUGCAUGAUUGCCUUUUGCUUUUCUAAUGUGUGAUAUAAGGAGCAAAACUGUUUAAUUUUUGGAUGAAAACGAUCUGGAAGGUAAAACCACUUUUUUUUUAAAAUCUGUAACACAGAUGAGCUAGAUUACAACAUCUCACAUACUGAUCUGGUAAUUCCAGAUUUUUAUUGUUUUACACAACUGUGUAAACUGGGACCUUCAGUUUCAAACUGCUGUCAACAAAACUAACUAAUGUAUCAUCUGCUUUAAAACGCAAGGUUCAUAAUUAAAGUUUAGAUAGACACAUUUGUUGUUUCUUUAUAGUUCAGGAAACUUGAUAUUAAUACUACUUAAUACUGAUGAAUUUUGAAUUUGUUUUAGUUACUCUUUAUCUUAUUUUAUUUUAAUUUAGUAGA